AUGGAUAAUAAUUAUUAUUACAAUAACAAUUAUAACAUUUCAAUGCAGCAACAGGCAUCAUCAAAUAAUUUCACGGCACUGAUGAAUGGUUCUUUACCAACUGCUGCUACUGUUGCUACCUCCACAAACAAUCUAAUGAAUCAUCUCUAUUCUAGUCUUGAUAUGGGAGCAUUAUCAACCUCUUCCGUAGCCUCCUCCACUCACAUAAAGUCUGAACCACUUGAGCCAUCGACAACAUCCUCUCUCCAUAGCCUCACUCAAAAUACUAUUCAAAAUUCGUAUACUUCCUCGCUUUAUAGUAAUAAUAAUUCAACAUUUGGACAUUCUUUUAUGAAUCAACUAAAUUCACCUGCCGAUUUAUUAGAUGCCAACCAAGUAGUUAUGCCAUUGAUGCAAUCUACAAAUCACCAAAACUUUUUGAACCAAACUGCAGCUGCUAACCAACUGAUAGUAGCUUCCAAUACAUGUGGAUCCACAUCGCCUCCCUCUACUCUUGAUAAUCAAAAUCCACAAUCUUUCUAUCCACAGCAACAACAAGCGGCAUCUUCAAGCCAUAGUGUCUCUUCACAAAAUAGUAUGAACUUUGUCCCUCCACAAAUUGAACAGACAUUUUCGGCCAACAGUACUGUUAACACCUCUUCCCAACAACUGCAAUCUCCUCCAACAACUACAGCAACUUCGUCAUCCUUUGAUGAUGAAGACAUGGACGAAGAUGAAGAACCAGAAGCCAACUCAAAAAAGAAGAAAAAGAAGAGUGGCAAAUCCAGGUCAUCAUCUCAUGGACUCUCAGUUAGAAAACACAGAAAGAAUAUUGCUUUCAAUGAUAUUGCUUCUUGUUUUGAAAUGCCAAUUAGAGAUGCCAGUCAAUUACUGGGAGUAAGCUUGACCCAAUUGAAGAGGUUGUGCAGAGAAUUUCAAAUUCCAAGAUGGCCAUUCAGAAGGUUAAAUUCUAUUCAGAGAAGAAUUGAAGUUUUACAAAUUAUGCAACAACGUUCUGAAUCAAAGAAUGAUCAAAAGUCUGUGGCACAAACUCAACAGGAAAUUGACAAAUUGCAGAGAGAAGUUGUUGAGCUCAAGACUAAUCCAUCUCCAAAUGUUUCAUCAAUAUUAUUGCAAGAUGGAACUGUGAUUAUGAAUACAGAAUCUCCAACGAAUACUAACUCUUUUCAGGAUCAAAACUAUGCAAACCUAGAUGCCAGAAGUACCACUUUUAGUAAUCCUUAUACUGGAAUGUUGCAAAUAUCUAAUAGCCCUCAACAAUCCUUUUCAAACAUGUUACAAAUGCCAACAACUAAUCAAUAUGCAGAUGUAGACAGUCAAAAAAUAGUAUUGAAAUAUCCUGCUAAAAACAAUCAACAACAGCAACAGCAGCAACAAGAAGAUAUUUAUCAAUCAAAUCAAACUUCCAAUUUUCCAUUCCAAGCCUAUGGACAACCCACCAAUUUUGCUACCUCUGACACCUUAAGUAUGAAUAGAGCUGGCCAAAUUCAAAAUUUUGUGCCAUCACCAACACCUCAAAUGAUCCAACCAAAUUUUGCCAAUAAUAACCAACCAUAUCCAACAAGUCCUAGAUAUCAUGGUUUUCAAACAGAAUUUCAUGACUAUUCCAAUCACUUUAACAAGUCAGAACCAAAUCCAAAGAUAUACAACUUCCACAAUAUUACCUUUCCAUCUGCUGUAAAUACCAACCUUCAACAAAUGAAUAACUUAAAUGGUUUACCUUUAACUAUUGGGCCUGGAAAUACCCUUCCACCAAAUAUGACAAACAUUUCAAUGGAUCCAUUGAUGAACGUGAACUCGAUUAAUAGUUCAGUUCAACACGAUAACAUUCAAAAUAUGAAUGCUUCAACAAAUCAAGAUAAUGGCAGACUAUACUCUAGAAGAAAUGCAGCUUCUUUGGACGUUCUCACCGAUUAUGAAAAGAUGCAAUUACUCAAUAUUAUCGCACAAUACAAUAGUAGUAUGAGCCAAAGUAAUGAACAAUGCAAUCCUAACUCCCCUAAUCGUGAAGAAAAGAAAAAUUCACUCAUUGAUGUUUUAAAUUCACGAAAAGUUUCACUUCCUGCAGAUUUUAAUGCUCAAGGUGUAAUCAGAAAACUUUCUCAAUCCUAUGGAGAUGAUAUAUUCAACAUUGAGAAUGGAACUAUGAAUUUUGGAAAUACAGACCUUGACAAUUUGACUACUGAGGAUAUUCUGAAACUUCUCGGUGAUUUUUUCCCUCAACAACACACUCCUGUGUCACAAACCUCAAAUAAAUAA